AUGCAGAGAACCUUAGUACCACAGUGCCAUGGGUUUAGGCGACAGACAAAUUCCAGCCUCGGGCUGGUAAGAGUAGGAUGGCAGUAUCGGACGCCCCGGAGUACACAGCAUCAAUACCAACGACUCGCCUCUACUGCUUCUGGCAGCACAGGCAGUGAUACGUCUACAUCAAAGUCCGAAAGACCCCCAACUUCAGGCAGCAGCACCUCCCCAGCCUCCUCAGGACCGACCCCAAACCCUUCACAGACAUCGUCAGCGCGACCAAUUGACAUGCCACCAGACUGGGACGAGAACCUCGACUAUAAUGUACAGGCCUUCAAAGACCUUCCGUCCGAUAACUUUGGCGUCAAUCAACAUAUCGUGAUCAACGAUGAAUUCAAAGAAGCGUUGCGGCAGAUCUUGUGGAAAUUCCGAGCACCAAUUCGGUAUGCCUUUGCUUACGGCUCUGGCGUAUUCCCUCAGACUGCCUCGAGCUCGUCGAGGCCUACAAAGCCGCAUCCAAACCCGAGCCCAGCCAUAUCCACGGUGCAGAAAGGCAACGGCAAGAUGAUAGACUUUAUCUUUGGCGUUUCAUACACUCAACAUUGGCAUUCUAUGAAUCUGCAAGAACAUCGCGAUCAUUAUUCAGCGGUCGGCUCUCUGGGGUCUGCUUUCGUCUCCCGGGUACAAGAUAAUUGGGGGGCCGGUGUCUAUUACAAUCCUUAUGUGACCGUCAAUGGAACCCUAAUCAAAUACGGUGUCGUCAAUCUCGAUACGCUGUGCCGCGACCUCUCUACAUGGGACACUCUUUACCUAGCAGGACGCCUGCAAAAGCCUGUCAAGAUCCUCCGUGACGAUCCACGUGUCCGACUGGCUAAUCAGGUCAAUCUUAUAUCCGCCGUUCGCACUGCGCUUCUUCUCCUACCGCCAAAAUUCACCGAACUAGACCUCUACAAAACGAUCGCUGGGAUCUCAUACCUCGGUGACCCUCGAAUGUCUUUAGGGGGGGAGAACUUGAACAAAGUCUCGAAUAUUGUCAAACACCAGCUGCCCAACUUCCGUCGCUUAUACGCUCCUCUGAUCGAAAACCUUCCUAAUGUCUCGUUCCAAGACUCGCGCUGCAGCUCGCCCGCAUGGGUCGAUGAUCCUGACACUGACGCCACGCUGGUACAGGACAUGGAUCCUACAAAAAGAGGAAAUAUGGUUCGCCGCCUACCUAAGAAUUUCCGAGAGAAGCUCUAUUUCCAGUAUCAGUCCAAAUACCAGAUUCCGCGGCUUGAGUUCAACAAGAUGAUGGAUCAAGCCAACGACGAGGAUCCUUCGAGGAUCAAGCGGAAGCAAGGCGGUCCUUUCGAGCAAAGGAUAGCUGGUGAUGAACAAGUAACGCUCAAUAAAGAAGUCAGUGCGGCGAUCACAAAGAUUAUCAAAUGGCCAAGCUGGAGUCAGAGCACCAAAGGAAUUGUUACUUCGGGCUUUCGGAACGCAUGGAGGUACUCGAUGGAGAAAUGGGGGAAGUACAGGGAAGGGCAAAAGCGAGGCGCUCAGGAAUCAGGCAUUUCGGACUCUGGGAAGGUUCAGGAUCACGGGGAAAAAGGUUUAUGA